AUGAAACCUAUUGUUGAGAAUAAAGUGGCGAAGGCUCGUGUUUUGAGCUAUAACUUUAACAUCCUUCCGAGGGGGUGUCCUGGAUAUCAGUAUGAGCGUAUUGAAACAUUCCUGAAUUUAGUAGAUUCAUACGAUGUUCUCUUACUUCAAGAAGUGUAUGCGACCAGUAUGUUGCCCUAUGCUUUUCAAAAACGUUUUUGCUUUAAGAAAGUGCUAUUGGAUGGGCUAAAGAAGAAGGGCUUUCAUCACUAUGUCAUUUCAAGGCAACCAUCUUAUUUUACAAUGCUGCGCCAUGACGUUCUAUCUGACAACGGUCUUAUUAUUGUAUCGAGGUUUCCGAUAUGCCGCCGAGGCUCUUAUACAUUCAGAAAGGAAGAAGACGCAUCGCAUGUCAUGCUGAAGGGGUGCAUUUUUGCCGAAAUCGAGAUCCCGAUGGAUAAUAGUAACGACAGUGGACGGAUUGUAUUUUUUAAUGUUCAUUUACGUCCUGAAGAACGGGCACCAUCCGAGUCAUCUCAGGUUCAGCAAAUGAUUCGCUUUAUGGAUUCCGUUCUGAAACAAUUGGAAAACAAUAUUGAGAGUCCAUUGGAAGUUAAAUGUCCUUUUAUCGUUUCUGGAAGCUUUAAUAUACAUGGUAUCAAAUCUAACACUAACCAUCCCUCAGGGGCCUUUAAUGACUUGACAAAUGAACUACACGCUCUUGGAAAUAUUAAAGAUAUUAUAUUUGAGGAGAAUGGCUUCAAUCCACCGACUCGUCCACCGAAGCUAUUCUUUCCUACGCGCCACAAACUGGAAGCCAACCCAUCGAUACCGCAGCGGGAGGACUACUUCUUUAUUCUUCACCCGAUCGAGGCAUCGAAUUCGCGCUUAGAAAAGUUCAUCGUGAGUAGUCGUCGCCCGUACACGUAUCUUUCGGAUCAUUUUGGUAUCACGUCGGUCAUUUCAGUUCCUGUCCGGCGCGAUCAACCGACGCGACCGCUCUCGGACUCGUUGCUACGGAUAUCCCCCCUUGUCGAGCAGGUGCAUCACGAGGCCUCCAACCCAACGUCGACCUACCACCUCGAUCUGUUGGUGAUCUUCUGUGUGACCUGGAUGACGCUGACGGUCAGUAUCAAGCCCGUUGUCCUGACCUGUUUGAUUUGGCUCAUUGUGCGUUUCUCUCGUUACACCCUCAGCGGCCUGCCGGACGAAACCCACUUCACCUUUGUUACAGACAAGGUCAUCCAGGGCGAGGCCGCGAUGGACCUGUCCCCUCGCGUUCCUGAUCCGCUGCCCCACGUGAACAGCCUCGGGGACAUGUGGCGGCGGUCGGUCGUGCGCUAUCGUCGGCAACGCUGCUUGGGGAGUACGGGCUACGUGGGGGAAGUGAGCUGGAUUUCUUAUGCCGGAGUGGAUGUACGCGCGCGGGAGCUUGGCGCGGGUCUCUUGAAUCUUGGCUUAAAGUUUGGGGAUACCAUCGGCGUUCAGUGUGAUGCUUGUCUCAAUGCGUCUAUUCUUGACAUCGCCUGCAUUAUUUACGGAUUUAAUACCCUAGGUCUAGCUGGGAAGCGAAGUCACAUUCGAUCGCUUCUAGACCAACAUCCCAUUCAGGUGGUGUUCGCGGGCCGAGAUGCGGUGGCCGCGCUUCUCACUUGCCGUUCUGUGUCGUUGGAAAAAAUCAUACACUUUCAUCCCUUUGUGGACGGUGAUGAUCUAGCUGCCGCAAAGAACUUGAACGUUUCUCUCAUUUCUUUUGAAAGUGUUGAGCUUAAUGGGCGUCUGAACCCGCAGCAAUCCUUAAAGAAACCAACCCCUGACACCAUCUUUAACUAUUCGUUAGACAAUGGGACCAACUCGGAAGCCGACGUUGUGUUCCCCAUGUCGCAGAAGCAGGUUUUGCAGGAUAUCAAAAAUAUGCUUCAAAUCUCUGUUAUUCCCAGAAAUCACCAACAGCAUUGUAUGUUAUGGUUUUCGUCCUACGCGUCCCUUUUCAACCGUGUGUGCAUUCUAGGUCUACUUUCCCAAGGGCAUGCCAUCGCUGCGACUGAUUCCGUUCGCUUGCAGGAAGCUUUUUUAAUAUUCAAACCUUCCUUGUUGGUGGCUUCUCCGUCAAUGUUUAAUGCUAGCACCCUUCAGCUUAGUUGUGCAGGACAAAGUCGCAUAGGUCUUUAUAACUGGAUGCUUGAUUGCGCCUAUCAACUUCGAUCACGUCUCAUCUACAUCAAUAGACGUGAUUCUUCACUCCUACGCUUCCUCUUCUUUAGAAGCUUUGAGCGGCAGCUUGGUGGAAAUGUUAGGCGUAUUAUAUUGAAUAUCGCCGAGGAGUGUUCUUCUUUUCCACUGAUCGAACAUAUAUCGGUCUGUUAUUCAUCCAAUUUACGGGAAGUGAGCUAUAUUAAUUCUGUGGGGCUCCUUCUGAUCGACGGUAUACCAGCACCCGGUCUUCGUUUGAAACUCGAACCAAUGGAUCAAUUAGCUGAGAAAGCUCAAAUCGCCGAGCUCACGGUUACGAAUGAAUGCAUGGAGAAGCGACACCUAAAGAUUGCCGCAUGUUGGCAAAAGUCUCGAACUCUCACACUCUUUGGGAGCUCUUCGGGGAUUCUUUGGCCGGUGGACUACCAGUACACGAUUUCAGAGGAGCUUGAACGUCUGUAUGCUUUCUCUCGUUACGUGAAUGACAUUUUUAUCUUUUGUAAGCCAAUGAAACCGCUGGUAGCGGUGGUAUAUCCUAACCGUGAUACAAUUGAGUAUGAAUGGUAUCAGAAUCAAAAAACAACGCAGCUAAAACCUUUUAUUUGGAGGGAUCUGGUCGAGUCAGCGCUUGACAUUAUUCAAAUGGAUCUGAAUAAAAUAGCCGACGAGCAUCACUUGCAUCACUCGCAAAGGAUAGAAUUUAUUCACUUUCACCCGCAUGCGUUUCGUGAUCAUAAUCGCUUUCUUAAUGCUUUCGGUAAAAACAGACGUGAUUGUAUGGCAGAUUAUUUUCAUUCACUGCUGGACCGCUUUUACAGCGAGGGGAACGUCCACACGAUGAAUAAUGAGACUGUUCUAUCCAACAGCAGCUUAGCGGAUACCGAUAGCGAGCACCUGAAUGUCAUAAGUCCCUCCCCAAAGAUUAAUGGGAUGCGGCUGAAGGUUCCUAUCGCACUUGAUAUUGGUGGUACGUUCACAAAGGUUGCGUAUAUCGUCCCACCUGGCAUGCCAAGGGAUGAUUCACUAUCUUUCAUGAUGCAUGAGGCGUCUUCGCUCACCGAUGCACUAGGGGGGCGAUUGUUUUCCUUCUUUGAGGAUGAAAAUAAGGCGAAGUCUGAAUUGGAGGAGUACCCGCGGUCAUAUGUGGGAAGAAUUCGUUUCGCGAGGAUUCCAUCUCAAAAAACACAUCAGUUUGUGGAAUUCAUCGAAGCUAAUGGAGUGAUCAAUAAUUACAAGAGCGUCUACACAACAAAUAUGCGUGCUACCGGUGGCGGAGCAUACAAAUAUGCCCAGGUCGUGAGGGAAGCCCUUAACGUUGAGUUCGACACCGUCAAAGAAAUGUACGCAGUUGUGAAGGGCUUAAAUUUGGUUAUUGAACAAGCGCUCAAUUCUAUUUUCACGGUUGAUGUGGCUUCCGGAAGGCAUAUGCCACAUCAACUCGCAGGGUCCGGCAACUCCUUCUCGCCGUAUCCAUACCUACUCAUUAAUAUUGGUUCAGGUAUUUCCUUCAUCAAGUGCCUUGGUCCGGACGGUUCCCAUGAGAGGGUUGGCGGAUCGCCCAUCGGUGGGGCCACUUUUUGGGGUCUUACUCGUAUUCUUACUAAUCUCACCUCAUGGGAAGAGGUAUUGGAAAUUAUGCGUCUGGAUGGUCCAGGCGACAACAAAAAUGUCGAUUUACUUGUAGGUGAUAUUUAUGGUUACAAUGUGAAGGACCUGCCUGCUAUGUUGUCUUGCGAAAGUGUAGCAAGUUCCUUUGGGAAGUUUGGGGCAGAAAGCCUUUACAAAGCAGCCUGUGCUAGUCCUGUGGACUAUUUUGCUGAUGAUAAUACCGGGGAGAUUCUUUCUCCAACUUUCAAUACAACUAAUUCAUUGUUUUACGCGCAUAAUUCUGAUAGGGCACCGUCAGCUGCCUCUUCGCUGGAUAUUGUGCGCUCCUUACUUAAUAUGAUCUCUGGUAAUGUUACUCAAUUGGCUUAUCUUCAUGCUAAAAUACAUGGUAUAAAGAAUAUUUUCUUUGCUGGCGGUUUCGUUCGAAACAAUCAUCUUGUUUGCAGUAUCAUCAGUGCUACAUUGCUUUAUUGGUCUUCUGGAGAAUCGAAAGCGCAUUUUCUUGAGCAUGAUGGGUAUUUAGGGGUAUUAGGGUGUUCUUCAUGCGAGAAGUCUUCAGAGUAA